AUGAAUAAAACUCAAGCGAGUGAAGCAAAGGAAAUUCAAAGUAAACCGACUACAACACCAAAUCGCUUACUUAAACAAAAAGAAAACACAAAAACUGCUUUGCAUGUUGCGUUUAUGAUUGCUUUAAUGAAUUGGUGUGGGUGUUGUGUGACAAUACAUAAAAGAAAACGAACUGCGAUGAAAUCCAUGCAAUACUUUGACGUUGCUGAGAUUAGUGGGCCGACUAAUGUGACAUCGAAAGAGGUCAUGGAGUUAACAGAAAUGUUUGAAAUGGAGGAAAAUAAGAAAGGUAUGAAACCUGCGGCAAUGUUUCAUGAAAAGGACGGGAAGAACAAUCCUGAGAAACAACAACGACAUCACUCAAAAAGUGAGCGGUCGGCAAUGUUCAAUUUAAUGAUGACAAAGGCGCAAGAGGUCUGUGGAAACAAAGUUGUGUUUUCGAAAGUGAAAACAAAGCGCGCACUGAUGACGUUGAAACGAAAGGUCUUUGGAGCAGUUAUGAUGUGCGGAAAGGCAAUACCAGCCGGGGAAGUUCUUGACAUUGCAAAAGAUCUUCACACAACAAUUAGCGAGCUUCUCGACGAAAAUCGGCAAAUACUCAAAAUAGACGGGAAAGAGAAGGAGGUGUUGAUCUUACACCCUCACGAGAAGGCAAUUGAAAACGUCUGGAAAAGAUACGAAGUACCACCGUUUGCAACAGAAGAAUUCAAAGCGCCGAUAUUUCAAGAAACGGCUGGUUUACAAACACAAGUUGUAACACUUGGGUAUGAUUUUGGACUUAAAAAAUAUUGGUUAAUGCCCGAGGUGUUAUCACAUGAAGCGCUGGAGGGGAGUGCUACGCAGUGA